AUGAAAACACCUUCUAUUGCGAAUCGGGAACAAAACUCAUCCGGAUGCAACGAAGAAGCAGCCGAGGCGUUAGUGGGUAUCCACUCUGACUACCCCAGGUAUGAAAUGUAUAUGGAGGAGCGUGCUCUCACAGGCGGUAAUACAUCGCGGAAACCUUCAACGAUUUCAGCAAAGCACAAACCUAAUGUCGGAUACAGGCUAGGUAAACGAAAAGCUCUAUUUGAGAAAAGAAAACGUAUUAGUGAUUAUGCUCUUGUAAUGGGCAUGUUUGGCAUAAUAGUAAUGGUGAUUGAGAAUGAAUUAAGCAGCGCUGGUGUUUAUACAAAGGCAUCGUUUUAUUCGACAGCGUUAAAAACCUUAAUAUCUGUUUCGACUGUGAUUCUUUUAGGUCUUAUUGUAGCUUACCAUGCUUUGGAAGUGCAGGUGAGAUUGUUCAUGAUAGAUAAUUGUGCAGACGAUUGGCGGAUCGCAAUGACAUGGCAACGAAUUAGUCAGAUAGGUUUAGAACUUUUUAUAUGCGCAAUUCAUCCGAUCCCUGGUGAAUAUUAUUUCCAAUGGACGACAAAGUUGGCAAAUAAAAAUAAAACGAUGGGCACCGAAAUUGUGCCAUAUGACGUCGCAUUAUCAUUGCCCAUGUUUCUUCGGCUGUAUCUAAUAUGUCGAGUUAUGCUUCUUCAUUCAAAAUUAUUUACGGAUGCAUCAUCGCGGAGCAUAGGAGCCCUCAACAGAAUUAAUUUUAAUACAAGAUUUGUUUUGAAAACCUUAAUGACAAUAUGUCCUGGAACGGUGCUACUCGUUUUCAUGGUAUCCUUGUGGAUAAUUGCUUCAUGGACCUUGCGACAGUGUGAAAGGUUUCAUGAUGAAGAGCAUGCAAAUCUUUUGAAUGCAAUGUGGCUGAUAGCAAUAACCUUUCUAAGUGUCGGUUUCGGUGAUAUUGUACCCAAUACGUAUUGUGGACGCGGUAUUGCCGUCACUACAGGAAUAAUGGGUGCUGGAUGUACGGCAUUGCUUGUUGCGGUCGUCUCAAGGAAACUGGAACUAACUCGCGCGGAGAAGCAUGUGCAUAACUUCAUGAUGGACACACAAUUAACGAAAAGGCUGAAAAAUGCAGCGGCAAAUGUUCUUCGUGAAACUUGGCUCAUUUACAAACAUACAAGACUAGUAAAACGGGUUAAUCCCGGACGUGUAAGAACCCACCAAAGAAAGUUCCUUCUAGCUAUAUAUGCGUUACGAAAGGUUAAAAUGGACCAACGAAAACUAAUGGACAACGCAAACACUAUAACAGAUAUGGCGAAGACUCAAAAUACAGUUUAUGAAAUAAUUUCGGAUAUGUCGAGUCGCCAAGAUGCAAUUGAAGAACGACUAACUAAUUUAGAGGACAAGCUGCAGUCGCUACAGGAUCAUUUAGAGAGCUUACCCGACAUAAUAUCACGAUGUCUAACCCAACAUCAAGAACGCAUAGAACAACGGAAGAACUUUCUACAUCCAGACGCAGCGGCUACUUCAAUACAGCCUUCGCCGCAGUCCCUGUUCAAUGCAUCACCAAUGUUAUUUCCCCACUCAAGAAAAAACAUUUCUUAAAAUGCAGUGCCCACAGGAAUUGCUCAUAUUGUCUAUUACUUUAAGUUCUUGCGAUUGUUUUGACAAACAAAUUCUGAAGUAAAUUUUUAAAUGCGGCGCAAGGAAUAGGUUCCAUAAAUAAAAAAGCAUUUGGAAAUAACCAAUAUUGCGACAGAAAAUUAUUAAAUCAAUUGAGUUAUCUUUAACUGCUGGGAGGCCAAAAUUUAAGUACCUUUUAAGUUAAAACUGCAGUCAGUAUUACAGUCUGAAUCGAUUUAUACUCAAACUAUGACAGUGUUUAGGUUAGGUUAGGUUAGGUUCGAGUGGCUGCAGUGUCCGGUGAUUACACUACUAAUCUGAGAGAGGAGCGGUACAGCCGAGUAAGAGUUAUAGAUCGCUUUACAUCAAUCUUUGUCCGAAGGAUUUCAGGCCUAUAAGCCUCACUUCAUUCUUUCUUAAAACUCUGUGUAGACUGCACUCCACGAAAUCGUUUCGAUGAUUGAAAGAGGAUUGGCCACUUGAUAUCGACAGUGCGUUCAACAAUGUCUACCCGAAGUCUGUUGUUAACUCCCUUCUCAUGGCGGUGGUGCAGCGGGGUCUGAUGGAUUUUGUUGGGCUCCUUCUUGAGAAGAGAACUAUUUUAUCAGAAUUGGGGAAUGGUUCCAUUACAAAAUAUGUGAUCAGCUCUUAAUUUUUACUUUGGAAGUAUAUCGUCACCUGAAAUGCAAAAAGACGUAACAACAUCGUAAAUGAAAAGGAAAAGUGAUAAAUGAUGUGGAGAGUUGUAAUUCGAUGAAAUCCAUAAUAUAAAUCAAAAAGUG